AAUUCUUUGUAUUUAAAACCUAAAGAUUCUAGUUUACUCUCUUUUACAACAGUUUUUUGAAAUAUGGUUCUAUAAAAGGUAUAAAAACUAUAAUAUAAAGUAGAUGUAUUCUAUUUAUGUUGAUAAAACAGCGGUGAUAUAAUAUUGCUCUAGCUUAAACCAUUGUUUUCAUAGAACAUACGUAAAAACGUUCAUAUAUUAUUUAUUUUUUGGAUUGUGACUGAAAUCUUGAGUUAACACUUAAAAUGCCAAGUGAAAUGAUAACACUCCAACUCGGCCAAUGCGGUAAUCAAAUUGGUUUUGAAUUUUGGAAGCAAUUGUGUAUAGAACAUGGAAUAUCUCCAGAAGGGAUAUUGGAAGAGUUUGCUUCAGCAGGAUCUGAUCGUAAAGAUGUAUUUUUUUACCAAGCAGACGAUGAUCAUUACAUCCCGAGAGCCGUUCUCUUGGAUUUAGAACCUCGAGUGAUACAUACAAUUAUGAACUCUCCUUAUGCAAAGUUGUAUAACCCUGAGAAUGUAUAUUUAUCAAAGCAUGGUGGAGGAGCGGGAAACAAUUGGGCUUCUGGUUUUGCACAAGGUGAAAAACUUAAUGAAGAAGUGUUUGAUAUUAUUAAUAGAGAAGCUGAUGGUAGUGACAAUUUAGAGGGAUUUGUGCUGUGUCACUCCAUAGCGGGUGGUACAGGCUCCGGUAUGGGUUCUUAUAUCCUUGAACAUCUCUCGGAUAGAUUUCCUAAAAAACUUGUGCAAACCUACAGUGUCUUUCCAAAUCUCGAUGAGAUAAGUGAUGUGGUGGUCCAGCCCUACAAUUCUCUGCUGACUCUCAAGCGGCUGACCGAGAGCGCAGACUGCGUGAUGGUGUUAGACAAUACUGCACUCAACCGCAUCGCCAGUGACCGUCUUCAUAUACAGAACCCGUCGUUUGCGCAGAUCAAUACACUUGUCUCGACUAUAAUGAGUGCAAGCACCGCCACGCUCAGGUACCCGUCGUACAUGAACAACGACCUCAUCAGCCUGGUGGCGCCGCUCAUUCCCACCCCGCGACUGCACUUCCUCAUGACGGGAUACACGCCGCUCUCCGCAGACCACGAGCUGAGCGCGGCACCUAAGAUAAGAAAGACUACAGUAUUAGACGUGAUGCAAAGGUUACUGCAGCCGAAGAAUAUGAUGGUGUCUCUCAGUCCCGACCGAGCAAAUCAACAUUGCUACAUAUCUAUCCUUAAUAUUAUUCAGGGUGAGGUGGACCCCUCGCAAGUGCACAAGUCGCUGCAGCGCAUCCGCGAGCGCAAGCUGGCCUCAUUCAUCCCGUGGGGACCCGCCUCCAUCCAGGUGGCGCUGUCUCGGCGCUCCCCCUAUGUGCACGCCUCGCACAAGGUGUCCGGCCUGCUGCUCGCCAACCACACCAACAUCUCCUCGCUCUUCGACCGGUGCCUGCAACAAUUUGACAAGCUGCGCAAGCGCGAGGCUUUCCUGGAAGUGUUCCGCAAGGAGCCCAUGUUCCAGGAGUCGCUCGAGGAGUUCGACGAGUCUCGCAGCGUCGUGGACGAGCUCGUGCGCGAGUACCGCGCCGCCGCCACGCCCGACUACGUGCACUGGAACCCUGAGAGCAGUCAAAUCUAAUGGUUAUGAAGAAUCCUAAAAGGACGAGAAAAUAUAGGCCAUGUUGAAAAAGUUAAACUGUUAAAGGUUUGGAAUCUCUUGUUGAUGAUGUGCCAUUUAAUUAAUCUCUUUGUUUAUUAAUUCAAUAACAUAUAUGAGAUAAUUUUAUAUUGCGAUUGAAGUAUUAAAAUAUAUUUUUUACAUAGUUUUACAAAAGUAAUAAGUAUGAGGUAUUUGAGGACUAGGAAGGCAUAUAUUACUCCUGUAUAUAAAAAAAUUGUAAUGCUGCACUGAAAUCUCUAAAACACUAGCCCUUAGUAUUUGUAGAAACUAAUUAACGCAAGGGUCAAUGAGUUUGAACGGUUGAAAGCGAUUUAAGGAUAAAAAAUAAAUAAAUCGUACUUAGUUU